UGUGAUAAACUUAUUAAAUAGACAUUUUUAUGUCGGCAAGUAUUAUUUCAACCGGAACUACCACCCUUACAGUAUCUCAAAAGAUGGACUCUGUAGCCCUUGUUUCAAAGAAAGAUUGGGGCUAUUCGAGGGUUGAACUGUACCUGGACAAUGUCAUUUUAACUAAUGACAAAAUAUCCCCAAGUCCAUCUGAAAAAGACGGAUUGGACUCCAUGUCUGAAUAUGACUUGAGAUACAUUGGAUGCGAACUGAUUCAAACGGCAGGAAUUCUUCUCAAGCUACCCCAAGUUGCGAUGGCUACUGCGCAAGUGUUGUUUCAAAGAUUUUACUACUUCAAAUCCUUCGUCAACAAUCCAAUGGAGAUCUUCGCAAUGGCUUCGCUCGUUCUGGCCUCCAAGAUAGAGGAAGCAAUCAGACGCAACCGAGACAUUAUAAAUGUUUUCCAUUACCUCAAACACAAAAGAGCCAACCUUCCUCCAGAGCCUUUGAUGCUGGAUGGAAACUAUCAAUACAUUAAGAACCAGGUUAUUAAAGCUGAGAGGAAACUGCUGAGGGAGCUGGGCUUCUGUGUGCACGUAAAACACCCCCACAAGCUGAUCACCUGUGUCCUCCAGGCGCUAGGGUGCCAGAGGAGGCGUGUCCUACAGACUGCUUGGAAUUACAUGAACGAUGGCUUGAGGACCAAUAUCUUCGUUCGAUACUCUCCCGUCACGAUAGCCUGCGCGUGUAUUUAUCUCUCAGCCAGGCAGCAUAAGGUCGUGUUUCCCUCGCAGCCUCCGUGGUUCGAAGUGUUCAAAUGCACGGAAGAUCAGUUGAAGGAUGUGGCCGUGAACAUCAUGUACGUCUACGUGCACCAACCUCAGCCUCAACAGCUGCUCGAAGAGAAGAUUCUAAAUCUGAAAGAGCAGCAGGCAGAAGCUAAGACAAGAGCGAGAACAGCUGGACUGCAGCUGGGUCUGAACAACAACAACCACAUGGUAUCAACUUCUACCACAUCAACAUCCAACAGCACCACCAACCACCACCAACAGAACAUGAAUAGUAGCAACAACAGUGGAUCCCACAGUCAUAACAAAUCCAGCAAUCAGUCGCCCUACUCCAAUUCCAGAAACACAUCUCCCUCUGCCAGAGAUCAACGCAAGGACAAGAAGAGCCGCAAAAGGCGUUCUCGUUCACCCGCAUCGGAUCCAGAUGAUUCCGGGGACUCGGCAUCUCAGAGAUCUAGAGGGAACAACCGAGGGUAUAAGCACCAGAAGAAGAGCAAGCACAGUCGAGGUGGGGGAGGAGGAGACCAAAACAACAGCUCAAACUACCCUUCAAACAACAAUAACAAUAGCUUAGAACCCAACUCAAAGGGCGGAGACAACAAACCACGCAAACAUAAACACAGAGUGGUAUCUCCGGGAGUAGCGCACGAGAACGGCCACGCCUCCUCGCCCCCGAAAAGAAGUCGCAAUUCACAAGGCUCCUCAUCCGGCGGAACCAGUUCGAGUCCCGACUACAGCGGCAGUCAGCAUAUCCACAAGUCCAAAAAACACAAGCGAAAGAGUUCGAGAGAUAAACACAAGAAGACGCCCAAGAAAGAUUACAAGGAACGCAGCAGUCGCUAUUACUGACCUAAUUAGUUAAAAAAACUCACAGAAAGUUGCUGGGUUUUGAAUAGAUAUGUGAUUAGAGUACUAUUUUAUGUUGCAUCUGUUUUACCUCUAGGAGACGCUAUUAAAGAAUUAGUUUCUGGCCAUUUUGUAACUUUUGUU